AUGUCUCAUCAAGACAGUAAUUCACCAUUUCAUAUAGAUGAGCAUGAACUGGGGUUUCAAGAAAAUGCUUUGGCUGAUACAAUUGCUGAGUCUUUUAUGGAUCUUUUUGACCAAAAUCUGACAAAUGAAGAUGAUCAACAUACUGAUAAUUAUAACAUUGAUAACCACAAAAAUAACGAGAAUAGUCACAGUAAUGGUAGCUCUGAUCAUUUAAAUGAAAAUCAUAAUUAUGUCGAUGAUAAUUUUAAUGAUAAUAAUUCAAGUGAUCAGAUAUCGAACACUAAUAUAGAGCUCGAUUCAAGUUUGAAAUCGAGGAAAGUUCCAUCCUUUCAUGAUAAUCUUACCAUAGACCACUUAGGCGUAUCUUCCAAAAUAAACAAUGACCUUGGGAAUUUAUUUGAUGAUGUAAUUAAUUCUGCACUUGGCUCAAUAAAUAUUGAUUCUAAUGAGAACGAAAUGAAUCAAAUUACUGAAAGUGAUGGAAAUAAUAAAAUUAAUGAAAGUAAUGAAAGUGAUAACAGUAAUUUUCAUAUUACAGAUACUCCAAAUGAAAAUGAAAAUGAAACUAAAAACAUCGAUAAUAGUAUUGAAACUCCAUCUCAAAUUUCUUCUGAAAUAAAUAUAAUGCAUCCAAUUACUGAUUCGCCAUUAACAAACAAUAAAAUUAUUCAAAAUGAUAGUGAUAAUGAUAAUGAAAAAAUCAUUGACAAUAGUCAGCCUAAAACCAACGAAAAAUCACUCAACCAACUAAACACCGAUAAUGAUAAUCAUAAUAAUGAUAGUCUUCCCAAAGAUAACCUCAAUAAUUCGUCUUUAAUUCCCAAUUUUGAUUUAAAUAGAGCAAUAUCUGAUGCUCUACUUGAUUUAUCUGAAAACAUGGCUAACCAAAUAGAAUCAAAUGAAGAAGAAUCUCAAAUUGACAAACGAAAUGAUAAUCAAAUUGAUACCACCAAUAAUGAUAAUCAUACUACUAAUAGUAACAAUGAAACCAAAAAUUCUUCUAUUAAUCCUCAAUCUUCACAGGUAAUUUCUUCAAAUCCUUUGGAAGAUGUCAUAUCUAAUGCACUUAAGGAAAUCUCUCUUAAUCUCAAUUCUCAAAAUGACCAGAAUUACUCAAAUACUCAAAAUAACAACCAAAGUGUUAAUAACAAACUGCUUUUGACUCAAGAAUUCCCAGAAAAUGAUGCACUAGCUUCUGUUAUCAAUGAUGUUUUCAAGGAUAUUUCAACCUCGAAUUACCAAGAACCAAUACUUGAUAAUACUGUAAUUUCAAAUUCAAAACACAAAAUUUUUCAAGAUCCAUUAACAACUGCAAUUGCAGAUGCUUUAAAAGACAUAACAAUCAAUGCUGAUGAUACCAUAACUGCGACAACAACUUCUGGCGAUGCUUUAUCGUUAGCAAUUGCUGAUGCCUUUCAAGAUUUAUCUGGAACCUCAAAAAUUACAACAAUAAAAAAGUCUAAAAAACAUCCCGAAAAUAAAAAUAACAAACAAGCUCAAAAGCCAAAAAGAAAAUAUACUUAUAAAAGAAAAACGUCAGCUAAAUCAAGACAAUAUAUCAAUAAUUCUUUAUUGCAAAAUGCUAUCGCAGAAGCUUUUGAUGAUGUUUCUCUUCAUAUGAUAGACAAUCAAGAAAAUUUAAUCACACAAAAUGAGCAGUCAGAAUUAGAUAAAGUAAUAUCUCAAGCACUUGAGGAUGUCAUUGAUAUUUCCUCUACACAGGUGUCUUUAUCUAAUACAAACAAAAAAUUGGAUAAAAACAAAAACUAUAAUCUUGAUUCACUUAAUUCCCAAUCUUUAUCUGGUAAAAAUGCUAUGGCGGGAAAGAAGACAUAUAAUCUUGCUUCUGAACUAUUGGCUCAUUUUGAUAUUGAUAAAGCUAUUGAAAAUGCUUUAAAAUCUAUCAAAAAUAAAAAUGAUGGGAGUCUCAAAAAUGACCACUUAAAUAAUAAAGAAGUUUCAAAGAAAAACCAACCUAUUCCAUCUACGAAUCCAAUUGAAAGCAUUUUAAAUAAUACAGGUUUGAUGAACUCAAUCUUUCAAGAUGCUAUUGAGAUGGCUUCUGAUAUGGGUUCAAAUAAAUUAUCAUCUUCUUUACUUUCUAAUUCUCAAGAUAUAUCAAAAAUCAAUGAUAACAAUCUUAAUGUCAAUAAUAUUAACAUCACAAAUAAUAGCAAUAAUAAUUUCAGUAAUCAUAACAAUAAUAACAAUGGUAAUAAUAUUAAUAAUUCAGAUCUUUCUUCUAAGAAAAAGCUGGCGCUAUCUAUUGCAGAAACAUUAGCUUUAAAUCGAUCUUCAAUGAAAACACCAAACACAAGAGAUUAUUCCACGAUUGAAUCUAUUGAAGAUAUAAAAAGAACAGAACAAGCCAGUUCUCAACCUAAUUCUAUGAAACAACAGCCUAAAAAGAGAGUUGGUAAAGAAAGUUCAGUUUCUCCAACUUUACCUACAAAUUCUCCCGAUAUAACUAGUGAUUCACCAAAUUCCAAAAAACCUGAAUUCCCUACUUCAAAUUCAAAGUCACUUGUUACUCUGGGUGAUUCCUCAUUAACAAGAGAAGCUAUUGAAAAAGCUUUUCAAAUGAUUAUUGAAAAGAGAAUGCCUGAUAAAGAAAGAAUAAGAUUUGACAAUAGGGAAAGAAAAAAGAGAUGGAGGGAAAUAAAUGCUGAUAGGAAUAAAGAUAAUGAUUUAAGGUGUAGAGUGCAUAAGAAAGCUGAUUCUUUGUUUGGAAAAGAAGAUUCUGUGAAAAAACAAGAAUGGGUGAUUGAAGAAUUUAAUAGAAGGAAAGCUAAAAGGCUUGAAAGAAAAGAAACUCCAAAACCAAAGUCUUCUUUACCAAGUACAGGUUUAAUUUUUAAUAACAGUACAAACUCUAGUAUUAUUGAUAUUGACCCUCUACUUAAUGAGCUUGCAAUUUCAACAAAUGGUUCUAAUAAAGCCGAGUCUCUUACUUCAAUUCUUUCUGAAUUUAUAUCAAAGAUUGUAAAUCAACAAUCCCAAGAAUCUCCAUCAUCGAACGCUUCAGAAUUUGUGUUGGGAGUACCUCCAAACUCGAUUUCUUCUUUCAAAGUUAAAAGCUUGACACCAAACAUAAAUAAUUUGGUUAAGGUUUCGCCUCCUAGUAAUGAACCUGAUCUAGAAUUAAGUUCACUUGUUCAGGGAGUAGAUCCCAAAGAAUUAAAAGAGACAUCAUCUUUCCUUCCAUCAAAAGAUAAUGAUAAAAUAACUCCUGAUCCCUUUGUGCCAUCAAAUUUGGCAGCUAGGAUUGCUAAUAUAUCUUUAUCGUCUAUGAUACCUGCAAAGAGAAAAGCUCAAGCUGAAAACACAAAUAACAAAAGACAAUCUAUUUCUUCACAUGUUGAUAAUGAACCGCUGGUUGAAAAUAGCAAAUCAAAUGGUGGUUCUGUAACUGAUGAAAUUGAUAGAAAAGAGAAGGAAGCUGAGAAAGUAAUUGAAAAAGAACCAACGAUGGAAAAUAUUUUAUCAUGGGCUUCUAAGAGUUCAUUUAAGCUCCCUUCGUAUAAGAAAAAACAACCAAGUAUUUCCAAAAUUGGUAUUAGUUUCUCAGGAAUUUCAAAUAGACCUAGUUUGCCAUUUCAAAGGCCUACUGUUUCUAAAAACAGUGAGUCUGGCGUAAGAAGGAGGAUUGGUUUUCCAUCCUCACUUUUAGGUUUAAAUAGGGCUCCUGCUAUUUAA